AUGGCGCUCGUGACGACGGAAGUGCAGCUACAAAGCCACGGAGUUAACAGGUCUGCACAAGGCAAGAAAAACAGAUGCCGACGUGUGACACAGGACGUGGCACUUUGCAAGAACAAGGAGAAUGUACGAGACGAGUGUGAGGAGCUCUACGAAGCUGCAAAGUCUCAGCUGGAGCAGGAGAUGAAAGCAGCUGGACUGGAAGGAAGUCUGCCCAUGACUUUUGGCAGUGGGUCGAGGAGUGCGACGUCGAGAAAGCGCAAGAGAUUGUUGGACACAAAGGAGGCAGAAGAUGUGGUCGAUAAGGUAGCAGUGGGUGAGAUGGAAGCCGAAGAGGAGGAGAUGGGUGGUGAGUGCGAUGAGAGCAUGGAAGAGAGCAAGGGACAGGUGAAUGCUACUACUGCUGCUACUGCUGCUGCUACUGCUACUGCUGCUGCUACUGCUACUGCUACUGCUGCUACUGCUACUGCUACUGCUGCUACUGCUACUGCUGCUGCUACUGCUACUGCUGCUGUUGAAGAUACUGUGGUUGCUGCUGUAGAGGAAGACGAGGUACAAGCACUUGGUGGCGGAAAAACGAUGAGAACAGGGACGGCAGUUGCGGACAAAGUGCGCGUCGUGUACGGUUCAGAUGGAGAAGUUGUCGAGCAGGUUGUCGAUCAAGUCGAGGUGGUUGCUGAGGCACAAGCGAGGAAGGACGGGUCGAGUGUUUCUGAUGUCGCGCACAAAAAGAAACGUGUGUCGAAAAAGAAGAAAAAAUAUCCUGUUGCGAAAGACGUCUUGAAGUUUUACAUGCGAAGACACACUCUCUUCGAAAAGUUUGAGGACGGCAUUCAGCUUGACCAUGAAAGCUGGUUUUCGGUCACCCCUCAAGCCAUUGCUGAGCACAUUGCAAUGCGUCUGAGCUGCGACGUCGUGCUUGACCCCUUUGCUGGCUGCGGCGGAAACGUGAUUCAGCUAGCGAUGACUUGCAAGCAGGUUAUUGCAAUCGAUAUUGACCCGGUGAAGAUCCGCAUGGCGAAGCACAAUGCUGCUAUCUACGGCGUGGCAGAUAAGAUCGAGUGGAUUGUGGGCAACUCGAUCGAUCUUUUGCCCAGUCUUCGAGCCGACGUCGUCUUCUUGUCUCCUCCUUGGGGUGGCGUGGACUACAGUCGGACGUGUUUCAGCUUGAACGAUAUGCUCGUGAAGGGCGUAUCUGGGCUGGACCUCUUUGCCAAGGUACGGAAAGUGUCGAAGAAUAUCGCCUAUUACCUCCCGCGGGGUACACCGAUGGCAGUCCUGGAGGCGUUGACACCCGGUGAGCCCGUCGAGUGUGAAAACAUAUUCCUGAACCAGCAGCGGAAGGUCGUGACAGCUUACUACGGCGACUUGGUAGCUCGGGACGUACCAGACGUACCAGCUGAGGAGGAUCGCGUACAGAACGAAGAGACUGUUGACGCGUAA